AUGGAUACCGCCAUUGAUCUCUCGAAUCCCUCCAAGGCCUUGGAUCUGGCCCAUAUCCGAUUCCAGUUAAUCCGCCUCGAAGAUACAAUCACCUUCCAUCUCAUCGAGCGGGUGCAGUUCCCCUUCAACAAACCCAUCUACGUCAACGGCGGGGUCAAAAUCCCCGGCAAUGAGAUCAGUCUACUGGACUACUUGCUCCGUGAGCAGGAACGGAUCCAGUCGCGCGUACGUCGCUACCAAUCCCCAGAUGAGUACCCAUUCUUCCCAGAUGUGCUGGAGAAGCCCAUCCUGCAGCCGAUCGAGUAUCCGCGGAUCCUGCACGACAACGACGUGAAUGUAAACGAGGUGAUCAAGGAGCGUUACGUCAACGAUAUCCUACCGGCUGUCUGUCCCGUGUUCGGACGGGAGGAUCGCGGUGAAACGCAGGAGAACUACGGAUCGUCGGCGACGUGCGAUGUCAACUGCCUGCAGGCGUUGUCGCGCCGGAUUCACUUCGGGAAGUUCGUUGCCGAGUCGAAGUUCCAGAAGGAGCCGGAGCGGUUCGUCAAGAUGAUCAAGGAAAAUGACCGUGCGGGUAUCGAUGCUGCCAUCACAGAUGCCAAGGUGGAAAAGAAGGUCCUAGAAAGAUUGGCCUUGAAGGCGAGGACUUACGGGACGGACCCGGCUUUCCAGACAGAGACCGGCCCGAAGAUCAAUGUGGAUGCCGUGGUGGCCAUGUAUAAGGAGUAUGUUAUCCCUCUGACCAAGGUAGUGGAGGUGGACUACCUCAUGCAGCGUUUGAAGGGCACACAAUGGGAAUGA